AUGUGGCCCUGCUGCGCGCUGCUCGCGAUCGAGGCGGUAGCGCUGCAGUCGCCGUCGGCGGUCCGGCAGCUCCGGCUGCGUCCGCGCCGUGCCGCAGUCUUCCUCGCCAGCGCCGAUCUCGAUGACGAUAAUUGGGAGUCGGCGACUUGGGAGGUGUCGGUGCGCUUUGCCGACGACGACGCAGCCUCUCUCGACGGCGGCCCCAUCGACGUGGCUGCGGCGGACAGCGGAGCCGACGGCGCGGCGGUCGCUUCCGGCGCGGCGCGUGCAGAUGCGGCUGGCGAGCUGCCGCGUGUGACAGAGGCAGACGGGCUGGCGGCAGGGCGAGGCGCUGCGGCCGCUGGGGACGACGAGGAGGAUUGGGUCGAGCCCGAGGGGACGGCGGAGGACCUGGCGUGGGAGGAGGCGCGUCGUCCUCGCCGCGGCCUGCUCGAGCGCAAGUACGGGCCCAACUGGGAGGCCUUCGUGGACGAGGCCCUCGAGGCGGCCGACGCAGGCUACGACGGCGGCUCUGGCUGCGAGGCUUGCGGGAGGGGGCGGACAGCGGUGACGGAUCUCCGGUCGGCCCUGUAG